AUGUCUAACAAGCUCCAAAUCGUCUUUCUCGGGCUCCUAGGGGUCUACUCAGUUCAAGGUUGGUUUUUUUCAAAUGGAGAGGAGAAAGUAUGUUUUGUGUCUCCGGAACAGACAUGCGCAGCGCAUACCGAGUUCCUGUUGUUUACGAGAGAGAACCCGAAGGUUCCACAAAACUUGACAGCUGAUGAAACUCACACACAGGAGCAAAGGAUCACGGAAUCCAGCUUCAAGGGAAGCCGGGACACGAAGUUCAUUAUCCAUGGUUACACCGACAAAGGUGACGAGGGAUGGGCGGUCAGAAUGGCGGAGAAAAUGAUCGAUUUUUACGACGUCAACGUGAUCUGCGUGAACUGGCAGCAGAGUGCAGACAACCUGUUUUACGGCCAGGCGGCGUCAAACACGCGAGGAGUAGGGGAGACAAUCGCCUCCCUCGUUAGGGACAUGGUUAUUGUGACUGACGCUGAGUACACCUCCUUCCAUCUGAUUGGUCACAGCCUGGGCUCUCACGUUGCUGGCUUCGCUGGAGCCAGCCUUGGUGGCAAAAUUGGCCGGAUCACAGGACUGGACCCUGCCGGGCCUUGUUUUCGAUUCUCUGGACCCGAGAGGCGGCUCAGCGAGGACGACGCUAUUUACGUAGAUGCCAUUCACAGCGAUGCCGACAACACCAUGCAAGCCGGUUUCGGCACAGAAGUGAGGAUGGGAGACGCUGACUUCUACCCUAAUGGCGGCCAGAAACAACCAGGGUGCGACAGCUAUUUGUGGCAACACGUGGGCAGCCUGUUCACCGGAUGGACAAGUGGUUUCAUGAAAAGUUUAACCUGUAAUCAUAUUCGGGUUUUGGACUUGUUCGAGGAGAGCAUCGACCCUAGUCACAAGUUCACCUCAUACCCGUGUCUGACGCAAGACGACUUUAAGAAAUGCCUGGAUUGCCCCAAUAACGACUGUGGAAGGAUGGGUUAUCACGCCACUACUAAAGAGAGGGGUAUCUAUACCACCAUCACUAACGGCAAGGCUCCUUUCUCCAAGGAUUAG